AUGUCGAAGCCUGGUCGUACUAUUUUAGCAAGCAAGGUCGCUGAAACCUUUAAUACCGAGAUCGUCAACAACGUGGAAGAAUACAAGAAGACACAUAACGGCCAAGGCCCUCUGCUUGUCGGGUUCCUGGCUAAUAGCGAUCCUGCUGCCAGAAUGUAUGCCUCAUGGACCCAAAAGACCAGCGAGUCAAUGGGGUUCCGUUACGAUUUAAGAAUCAUUGAAGAUAAGGAUUUCUUGGAGGAAGCUAUAAUACAGGCUAAUAACGAUGACUCCGUGAACGGUAUUAUGGUAUACUUCCCGGUUUUCGGCAAUGCUCAAGAUCAGUACUUGCAACAGGUUGUAUGCAAGGAAAAAGAUGUUGAAGGGUUGAACCACGUUUACUACCAAAAUCUCUAUCAUAACGUCAGAUAUCUGGACAAGGAAAACCGCUUGAAGUCCAUUUUGCCCUGCACACCGCUGGCCAUCGUCAAGAUAUUGGAAUUCCUAAAAAUCUACAACAAUUUGUUGCCCGAGGGGAACAGGCUGUAUGGGAAGAAAUGCAUAGUAAUAAAUAGAUCAGAAAUUGUCGGUAGGCCACUGGCGGCUCUUUUGGCCAAUGACGGGGCGAUAGUGUACUCAGUGGACAUCAACAACAUUCAGAAAUUCACCCGUGGUGAACGUUUGAAAUUGAACAAGCAUCAUGUGGAAGACCUUGGCGAAUUUUCCGAGGACCUGUUGAAAAAAUGCUCUCUUGACGCAGACGUGGUCAUCACUGGUGUCCCUAGCGAGAGCUAUAAAUUCCCCACCGAGUACAUCAAAGACGGUACUGUAUGCAUCAACUUUGCAUGUACCAAGAACUUCAGCGACGACGUUAAGGAAAAGGCUUCCCUUUACGUUCCCAUGACUGGUAAAGUCACCAUCGCUAUGUUGUUGCGAAACAUGUUGCGUUUGGUAAGAAACGUAGAAUUAUCUAAGGAAAAUUAA